AUGCUCUUCAAGCUUGCUGCCGUCGCUGUCUUGCUACCUCUUGCGUCUGCCCAAUUCGCCUACACUUACGUUUACACUACGCCUACUGAUUGGGUGAGCGGGCAGCCGGCUAAUGUCAGCUGGACCGCGGAAGUCGGCGAUCCCGAGCAAUACACAUUGCUCUUGAAGAUUUUCAACUCGACUACCAACUCGGAGGAUAAUUGGGUCCUUGCGCAAGGCAUCGACACCUAUUCGUAUUUCGCGAAUUUCACCUUGCCUGACGUCGUUCCUGCUGAUGGCUACUUCCUCUUGCCGGUCAGCGUGAAGGACACUUCAACUGAAGGCCCGCCGAGUAACAAGUUCUCCAUCGCAUAA